AUGAGAGUUCCUGAAGGUGUUACAGCUCCACCAGGUUGUGUAUGUAAGCUAAAGAAGUCCCUAUAUGGCCUAAAACAAGCAAGCAGGCAGUGGUUUGCAAGGCUCUUAGAAGAACUUCAAUCUCAAGGUUUUGUGCAAUCAAAGAAUGACUAUUCAUUAUUCUUGAAACAUGAAAAUGAUGAUAUCACUAUAGCUGCUGUUUAUGUAGAUGAUAUCAUCUUAACAGGCUCUAAUGAAGCUACUAUUGCAUCUUUGAAGCAACAUCUUCAUUCUACUUUCAGCAUCAAAGAUUUGGGUCUCCUACAUUUCUUCCUUGGUAUUGAAAUUUCCAAGACUUCUGAAGGCUAUGUUCUUACUCAAAGAAAGCUUACUACAGAACUUCUUGAUGGUUGCUCUCUGGACAUUACUAAACCUGCUAUUACUCCUUUUCCACUUAAUUUCAAGCUAGCUGCUGAUGACAGUCCUGCUUAUCAUGACCCUGAGUUCUACAGAUGCUAUGUUGGCAAAUUAAAUUUUGUCACCCAUACUAGGCCUGACUUAGCUUUUGCAGUUCAAAGCUUAAGUCAGUUCAUGCACAAACCUUGUGUCUCUCAUGUUCAAGCUCUUACUCAUACUCUUAGAUACCUUAAUCACACUACUGGUCAAGGAAUUCUUCUUAAGGCUUCUCCUCAAUUAACUCUUCAAGCCUUUAGUGAUUCAGAUUGGGCUGCCUGUCCAACUACUAGAACGUCUGUUACUGGUUAUGUCCUUCUACUUGGUAAUUCUCCUAUUAGCUGGAAAUCCAAGAAACAAAGUACAAUAUCUAAGAGUUCAUCUGAGGCUGAAUAUAGGGCAAUGGCCCAAGCUGCUAGUGAAGUAACAUGGAUGGUCAGACUAUUGGAGGAACUAGGCGUAUCUUCAUUGAAGCUUGUGGUUCUUCAUUGUGAUAAUCAAUCAGCACUUCACAUAGCCAAGAAUCCCAUCUUUCAUGAGAGAACAAAACACAUAGAAGUGGAUGGUCACUUCACAAGGGAUAAAGUUCUCACUGGUCUUCUUCAGCUCAGUUACUUGCCUACUACCCAACAGUUAGCUGACAUUUUUACCAAAAUUCUCCCUAGUAUUCAGCACAAGACUCUUUCUUCCAAACUUGGCAUGGUUCAUUCCCUCCCAAGUUUGAGGGGGGGUGUUGGUAUAUAG